GACUGCCCCUAAGGGAGCGCUUGGGUAGGCAAGAGUGGGACUUGCAGGGGAAAGAGGGCUGGGAAGGCAUUGGCCGGGGGCCAAGUGGAGGAUGCCGAAGGAUGCAGUCCUUGAACCUGGUGGCCCCGGUAUGGAGUGGAGUUACCAAGGGCAUCCGUGGUCUGAGCAGUGCAGUGGCCCCAGAGGGCAAUCAGAGGAAGGGGAGAAGGCUGCUCCAGUUCCUGGCUGACCACUUCUAUGAUAUGGAGGCUCUGAGGGAGUACUUGCUCCAAAAGCAGGUGUCAAAGGUGCACCAGAAAAAUCGAUCCUUCACCUACAUCAAGGAGCGAUACGGCCCAUACGUCGCAGGUGCCUAUUUCGUCCUGAAGCAGGGAGGCGCAGUCAAGUUCCAGGGCAAGGAAUGGAUUCGGUCCAGUGGGCGUCGCCCCUCGUCUCUUGAGUUGUUGAAUUUCCAGGCUGUGCCUGUGGAGUCCGUGGAUGCCAGCGACUGUGCCAUCAACUAUGAAGGCCUGGACAACGUCUUGGUCCUGAAGGAGCUGCGGUCCCUGUCGCUGCAGCGCUGUCCCCACGUGGAUGACUGGUGUCUCAGCCGUCUCUACCAGCUGGCUGACUCACUGCAGGAGCUCUCGCUGGCAGGUUGCCCCCGAGUAUCCGAACGGGGCCUCGCCUGCCUCCACCACCUCCAGAACCUCCGCAGGCUGGACAUCUCAGACCUGCCUGCUGUGUCCAACCCAGGCCUCACUCAGAUCUUGGUGGAGGAGAUGCUGCCCAACUGCGAGGUUCUGGGGACGGACUGGGCCCAAGACCUGAAGUCGAGGCCGGAGGAGCAGUCUCAGGACACAGCCAGCCCCACCCCUGCCUAGACUGCAGCCCCCACCCCAUCCAGUUGGAUCUCAGCGGGGGCUGUGUUGAGUGUCUUAGGGUUUUCUCUCCUUCUGGCUUCCAGCUGGGUUCACUCAUCAUGGGGGCUGGAGUGGGGUGAGGGGCGUGGCAGUAGCAGAUCAGGGGAAGGACAGCAUGUGGUCCCUACCUGGUGGGGGCCUAGCUGCAGGUCACAGCUCCUGUCAUCCUGUCAGGCAGCCCUUCCCACACAGUUCUAGUUUCCACAUCACUUCCUCUUGCCUCUCCAGGCCUGGGGCUGGUGAGGACUCCCGGCUGCGAGUAGCCCCAGGAAGCUGCACUGCCCACUACUGUGUCGAGACCACUCUCAGAUUAUCCCCCUUUAGGUGUGACACACUGAUACAGGGAGUGCUCCUGGCAUUCUCUAGGGAUGGCUAUUCCAUGUCGGACUGGUCAGCUCACUGCAGGGUCCAGCACCGCGGGCCCACACUCACUGGUCAGUAGCACUCCAAGUCCUCUUGUGUUUUGGCUUACUGAAGUCAAAUUCAGCUUUGUGUCUGCACUGUGAAAACUGAUUUGGGCCUUUGAAAUGUGUUUCCUUCUCUAACUGGUGUUAAGUUUUGUCAGUAGGAGGCGCUCAAGAGACAUCGCAGGGGUUCCGAGUCACUCCGUGGCUCCUGCAGUGUCUGCUGCUUCUCCAGUUCCAGGGGGUCACAGCCUGCCCUGGCACCCUGCCCCAGCCCAGCAGUCCCCUAGAGGAGUGUCUCCACUGAGGCACCUCCCUGUGAAUGACUCCACCACAGCCCAGAGUUUCCAGUAGAUUCCAAGGCACCUUACCAAAGAAUCCCUCAUCAUUGCAAUUUGCUAUUGAAGUGAAUAAUUCUUUAUAUUAAACUUUCCCUGUUCAAA